CCCAAAGUAAUCGACCCCAGGCGGAGCCAUUUAAAAAUCGGCGCGUUUGUUUGUUUCUCGUUUUUUUUAAGUCACAAAAUCUUCCUGCUAAAACACAUCUGGAUGUUUCGAUUUAGGAAACGUGGAACAUUAUGUCAACAAAGAAACUGGCCAGGUGAGAAAUCGAUCAGUCGAUUCGCGUCGUUUAGUGAUAGUUAACCGAAACACAAACAAACGAAACCACCAAAAUGUGAGUCAGUCUGGUAAAUGUUCUGUUGUGAGAUAAAUCUCUAUCGGUGUGAAAUAAAGAGAUUAUAUCCUGUUUCUUAACUUACAGUAUUUGCGUGUUUUAAUUUUGUAGUGUAAAAUGUUUGUUUAUCGUCAGAAAUAAACUGAGUCUAGGGUUAAUUUGAUAAUAUUUCUGAUUUCUCUGUCUCCUCAGAAAACUUGGUUUACUGAGGCAGAGGAGUCAGUCUUCUCAGGGGUCAAAGAAAUCUCUCAUAUCCAGUAAGUUAAAGUAUUUUUAUUACAGAUAUUCAUGUUCCUUUUUCAUUUCAUAUUCAUUCUGCAUUAAUCUGUAAAUGUUGUUUAUUUUAAAACGUUUUUCAGAUCAAUCAUUUUCAUACCUGAUUGUGAUCGACUUUGAAUCAACUUGUUGGAAAGAGAAAAACUACCACAGCCAGGAAAUCAGUGAGUAAACCUGUGGAUAUAUGUCGGGAUUAUCUUUCUUUAUCUCAAACUUUAAGAACAACAACAAAACAAACUAGAAACAAAAACACUGAACAAAAUAAUACAUAUAGUUGAAUCCAGAAGUUUAAAUACACUCUAAAAAGACACCUAACUUUUUUUCCUCACUGUCUAACAUUAAAUCAGAUUAAACUUUUCCUGUUUUUAUAAAAUUGGGAUCACCAAAAUUGUUUUUAUAUGCUAAAUGCCAAAAUGCUAAGAGAGAAUUUUUUUUAUUAUUUUCUCAAGAGUCAAAAGUUAAAAACAUAAACUUGUAUGACUUGGGUCAAAUGUUUUGGAUAUGCCUCUCACAAUAGUUUGUAGGAAUUUUGGCCCAUUUCUCCGGACAGAACUGGUGUAACUGAUCCAAGUUAAAUUUUCAGUAGGAUUAAGAUCAGGGCUUUGUGAUGGCCACUUCAAAACAUUGACUUUGUUAUCCUUACGACACUUUGUAACCAGUUUGGCAGGAUGUUUAGAGUCACUAUCCAUUUGGAAAACCCAUCUGCACCCAAGCUUUAACUAUGUGGCUGAUGUCUUGAGAUGUUGCUUGAGAUUUCCCACAUAAUGUUCUUUCCUCAUGAUGCCAUCCAUUUUGUGGAGUAUACCAGUCCCUCCUGCAGCCAAACAACCCCACAACAUGAUCUUGAAGACAAAAUUGGCAACUGGACUGUGUAGAGUCGAGAAGACGUUUCGCCUCUUCUCCAAGAAGCUCCUUCAGUUCUAAAUAUUGCUGGUGUGAGGAGCUGAUAUUUAUCUUACUGGAGAAGGGGACAGACAACGACUGGGAGGAGUUGGAAUAAAUGGGUCGUAGAGACCCAUCUCUGUGUGUGUGUGUGUGUGUGUGUGUGUGUGUGUGUGUGUGUGUGUGUGUGUGUGUGUGUGUGUGUGUGUGUGUGUGUGUGUGUGUGUGUGUGUGUGUCCGAGCGUCGUUAACAACCCCUGUCAUGUGACCACAUGACCCAUGCCACCUGGGUCAUGUGGUCCCAUGGUCCCAGGUCUGCAUUGUAAGUGCCGGAGAGAUUAUGCCUGAGUCCACCCCUCUGUUCAGAGAAGGUUUCUCCAGCCUGGUAAAGAUGGCUUCUUUAACUCCUCUAUCAAACCAUCUGUCUUCUCUGGCCAACACCUGUACAUUGCUGUCUUCGAAAGAGUGACCCGUGUCCUUUAAGUUAAGGUGGACCGCUGAGUAAAUAAUAAUUUUAUCCAAAUAAACUUAAAUCACCAUAAACCUAAAUUAUUAUCCACAUCUUAAGUAACUAAAAUUGCAUUUAGGCUCCUACAGACGGUGAGGUAAAAAGGUUAUGUGCCUUUUUAUAUAGUGUAUGUGAACUUCUGGUUUCAACUGUAUAAACACCAAACAACUGUACAUGUCAAAGAUAAAUUUACAUGACAUAUGUUUGUCAAAAAUAAACAGUUUGAGAAAGAAAAGAAUGAAGCAAAGAGCUUAUCUAGUCCUGACCCUUCUUUGGAAAUUAGAGAAAAUCUAAUUAUAUAAAUAACAAAGAUCUGUAUAAAUACCUUCAUAUUAUACACACAGAUAGCUGCUCAACACUACAUAGGUUACUUAUUAUAAUUGUCUGCAUGUUAUAAUAAUAAUCAGUGUUAUAAUAUUCAGAAUUAAUAUUACUUCUAUACAAUUAAGUAUAUUUAGUAUAAAACGAAUGAGUAUCUGUUUAAUACUCAUUCCUACUGAAUUCAUUUAUAUGUUCCAUUUUUUUCAUCUGCAGUCGAGUUUCCUGCUGUUCUGCUGAACACAUCCACAGGAGAGAUAGAGUCUGAAUUUCAUACCUACGUUCAACCCCAAGAACACCCGACUCUGUCUGAGUUCUGCACUGAGCUGACUGGGAUCACUCAGGUGUUUAUACAGAAAAACACACGCAGAUACAACAUGACGAUGAGCUUCUUGAUUCCUAGAUUUCUUUGUUUUACAGGCUCAAGUCGAGGCAGGAAUCCCUCUUCAGAUCUGUCUCCCUCGGUUCGGCCGCUGGUUGCAGAAUCUGCAGCUGGAGAAGGGUGUGGUCUUUCCAAACACACAACAGAAAUCUGCUGCAGAGUCACCGUCUCAGAAACUGUGUACCUUUGUCACGUGGUCAGGUAAAAGUCGACUGUCCUGCUCUAAAACUUCAAAGCCUUGAAUCAUUGUUUCCUCCUGAUAAGAGAUCUCUGCCUCACUUGCCGAGGACCUUUUUUCCAGAACAUGUUACUUAUCCUCUCUGCCUCCUUCUGCGCUGUGUUCCAGACUGGGAUCUCGGAGUUUGUUUGCAGUAUGAGUGUAAACGCAAGCAGCUCUAUAAACCCGAUGUGCUCAACAGCUGGAUCGACCUGAGGAGCACCUACAGGGUAAACGCACAGUCACUUAUUUUUUCACCUUUAUUCUUUCAUCCAUGCUUAUGGCUGUGCCAAAAUAAAAUUAUAUUAUGAUUUUGUGAAUCUGUUUUUUCAUUUCAUAUCUGCAAAACUCUUAAAGUUUACAGAACAUUUCACUCGACCAAUUUAUGAACCCAAAGAUUUUGACUUAAUAGUAAAAACCAGGAUGAGAGAGGGACUAGACUGUCAACUAGAAGAAAGUUCUAACUAUUAAAGGAUGAAUUCAGUUACUAAAUAUUCUCUUAUCUAUUCAGCUCUGCUUAUAAAUUUACAAACCCUUUUUUUUGUUUUAGAUGUUUUAUGACAGGAAACCUAAAGGACUGAACGGGGCGCUCCAGGAUCUAGGAAUCCAGUUUUCGGGGAGAGAGCACUCUGGUAUGAAAAAGGGAGAUUUCUUCAAAUUGUCUGUUAAAUAUCCUUUCUAGAUGUAAAAAACGAGCUUGAUCCAAUCCCUCAUUUUCCUUUUUAUAAUUUUACUCAGGUUUGGAUGAUGCCAGAAAUACAGCUCAGUUGGCAGCGAGGAUGAUGAGGGAUGGUUGUGUGAUGAAGAUCACCAGAAGCCUGGUGAAGGUGAGUGCUCGUCCGACACUGAACGCCAACUCCUAAAUCCCCGGCCUGCUUCUGUCAAAGACGACGACAACGAGGAAAUCUUUGUGACUGGAGCUGUUUAUGACAGAAAGAGUGGAAUUUUAAAGUUUAUUAUGAAUAUUUUACAAAUAAAGAACCAUUCAACUCAACUUCAGUUGAUCACAUAUUAAAGGUUUUUAAUUUUUUUUGUCUAAAAGUCUCUGAUUACAUCUUUUAUCUCCUUCCUAUAGACCCCAUUAAUGGUCAAACCCGUCUCUGGAACCACAGACAACAAAACAGAAAAACCCGACAGAGAGGAAAACACACUCAGCACAAACAAACUCUCAUCAUGUCAGCGUUCCUCAAACAUCUGUCACAUUAAAGCAGGUGUAGAAAAAGUUCCAAAGGAUUCAGACACCAAGGAGGAUUCAGGUUUGGUCUGUCAAAACCUGAUCUCACCAAAGACACUACUGAACGGGACAACGACAUUCUUAUUGGGACACAGCAGGAGGUCUUUCACAGCAAAGUCAGUCGACAAUAAUUCCAGCAGCAGCAGCAGCCUCGUUCUGUGCUCGACUACUCUGGGCUGCCUUUCUAAUCUUCCUCAGACAAACGCAGCAGCAAUCGGGGAGGAAGAGGAAGGUGGAGAACUUUUAGUCGAGACAGAGGACAGGUGUGGGUCAUAUGAUGAUGGGGUUUUGGAGGGUGAUACUGACUUUGUUAGCGAUGCCGAGUAUGUGUCUGGUGUUGACAGUGAAUGUCAAGUGUGGGAGGAGCCUGAAGAUACUCUCUCAGUGGGACAUCAUGUCACAUUAAAAGACAACAUAAGACAAAUUGUAGGUUUCAAAAACAGCCGCAAGGAGAUCAGAGAAUCUCCAACAACGUCUUUAGGUGCAAAUAACAUGAGCUCCUACAUUACGGUUUCCAGCACAGUUAAAGAAAGUGUGCAGCACUCGACAAUCUCAGUGUCCAACUUUGAGUUUGCAGUGCCAAAACCUUUAAGCUCCAAAUCAAACCAGCACAAACUAGGACCUAAAACCAGUGCACGAGUAGAAAAACAGUCCAACGGGUCCAAUAAAAACUCAAACCUAAUCACACCCUUUCUGGUUCGGCACAAAACCUUCAUUCCAGAGAAGACCUCCACCCCUUAUCCUUCAUUCGCAAGACCCAAUUCAAGUAUCACCCGACCUCCAAAUCACACUCUGAAAUCUUCUUUCACCAUCUACACUGACCCUGAAAAUUCCUCCUCUUCCUCCAUGUGUGGCUCUUUCAGCACCCCAAAGACAGCACCCCUCUCCUCCCUCUCGACAAACGCACCGCCUUCACGCACCGAUCGGUCCUCCAGCUCUGAGACACUAAAGAGAGGGAGGAAAAUCACAUCCCCUCUGUGUGCAUGCGGGCGCCGUGCCAAGCGUCAGGUUGUAUCCAAUGGUGGUCCAAACCACGGGAGAGGGUUUUACUGCUGUCCAGUCCGCCGGUCAGGAGGCGGAGGACAGAUCAAGAAAGGGUGCGAGUUCUUCAAGUGGGAGUCAGCGCUGAUGAAGAGCAGCUCGGUGUCUUCUCCUGCUGUCAGGUCCUCUGUCUCCCUCUGUCUCAUGAGCUCAGCGCUGGGCUGUGGUCCACAUCAGAGGUCAGGGAUAAGAAAGAGCUGCUGACCUUAUCAUGGAUAAUUAACUUUGAAAAAUAAGAGCUAAAGAUACAUUUUAGUAUCAGAGGGGAAAACUGAGUGUUUAUUUUACUCUGUUGAUUUUCUCUUUGUCUCCUUAUGGUUUUAAUUUGCUCAAACUGCUCUCCUGAAUUGAUUUAAUGAACUUGUCAUCAUGAAAUAUUGAACACAAUUGAGUGUAACGCUGCUUGUUAUGACAUUUGUUCUUUUUAACACAUCAACGUAAAACCAGUGUGAAUGACCAUGA